AUGGUUCAAUGUACUGUUAAGGAUAACUUGGCCAUUCCAAAUUGUUAUCGACUGGUUGUUCGAUAUGGAUAUAAUGACGAGAUCAUCACACCUAACUUGGCGAGGGUGAUCGCCGACCAGGUCUGGAAAUAUCUAGUGUUGAGAAGUGCCAGCGUGCCCUUAGGCGAAGAGGAUGAGGAAAGGGAUUCUGUGACCCCUGACAGCUCGACGGCAGAGGGCAGCAGAGACGCCCGCGCCUUCGUCGGUUCUAAAAUCGCUAAUUUGGAAGCGGCAUAUUCACACAAAGUGCUCUAUAUUGUGGGGAAGGAGCAGAUGAAAAUCAAGCCCAACACAGCGCUCAUCCGAAAAACCUUGCUACACAUCUUUUUGUGGAUCCGGGAUAACACGAGGAACAAAAUAGCUAACCUCCGGCUGCCAACAGAUAAGCUCAUUGAAGUAGGAUUUUUGAAAGAGAUAUGA